CUCGCGCCAGCCUCGCCGCGCGUUGCGCUCCCCGCGGGACCAUGUGCGGCCGCGAGCUCCCGCUCGUCCUGCUGGCGCUAGUGCUCUGCCCCGCGCCCGGGGGACAGACGGCCCCCGCGCCGGCGGGCGGAGGCCCUGUGCUGACCAAGAUGUACCCGCGAGGCAACCACUGGGCAGUGGGGCACUUGAUGGGGAAAAAGAGCACAGGAGAGCCCCUGUAUGUUGAUAAGGGCGGGAACCGGAAGCAACAGCUGAGGGAACAUAAGAAGUGGGAAGAAGCCGCCAGGACUUUGCUGGGCCUCAUAGAAGCGAAGGGGAACAGAAGCAGUCAGCCAUCUCCACGCAAGCCCCUGGGCCAUCGCCAGCCUACCUGGGAGUCAGAGGACAGCAGCAACUUUAAAGAUGUAGGUUCCAAACUUGAAGUUGGCGGACUUCCUGCUCCAGGUGUUCAACGUGAAGGAAAACACCCACAGCUAAGUGGCUAAUGACAGCCUCUCUCAAAGGAUCGAAACAAAACCCAUGAGAGACUGUUCUACAAACAUCAAUUCUACCUGAUCAUCAACGGAAUUUCCUUUAUGCAAAACACUUAACUGUUCUUGUAUCUUUCAACCUUGACUAAAUUCAUGGUUUUCAAGCAG